CUUGAAAAAAAAAACUUUUGUGCCAUCCCCUUUCCCUGCUUGGAUCGGAGGAAUGUGCUCGACACACCGGGUUCCACUCAUGUCUUUGUUUACUGCAAACGUCGCAAGCACUAUCAAGGGCAGCGAAUGAGCCCUUCAAACAUCCUGCAAUCCCAGGGGACAAGCUCUGAAUCUUGCGGAGAGAAAGAGCACAGCACCUAGGACGAAGAAGCUGGGAUCAAUGGAGAUGGCAGGCGCCGCAGGAACGGCGGAGACAUGGUUGCCGUACGUCACCACGGCGGCGUCCUGCGCCGUCGCCGUCUUCUUCCUGCUCUACUUCUACGCGCCACAGUGGGCGGUCAGGGGCGUGCCGGGGCCGCCGGCGUUGCCUGUCGUGGGGCACCUCCCUCUGCUCGCCCGGCACGGGCCUGACAUCUUCGGCCUCCUCGCCAAGAAAUAUGGCCCCAUCUUCAGGUUCCAUUUGGGGAGGCAGCCUCUGGUGAUCGUCGCUGACCCGGAGCUCUGCAGGGAGGUUGGCGUCAGACAGUUCAAGCUCAUCCCCAACAGGAGCUUGCCGGCGCCGAUCGCCGGCUCCCCUCUCCACCAGAAGGGUCUCUUCUUCACCAGCAGGGACGAACGGUGGUCGGCGAUGAGGAACACGAUCAUCUCGCUGUACCAGCCAUCGCACCUCGCCGGCCUCGUCCCCACCAUGCAGCGCUGCAUCGAGCGCGCCGCGGACGCCAUACUGGCGCCGGGUGUCCAGCAGAACGGCGACGGCGACGUCGACGUCGACGUCGACUUCUCCGACCUCUCGCUCAAGCUGGCCACGGACAUCAUCGGGCAGGCGGCGUUCGGCGUGGAUUUCGGCCUCACGGCGAGCGGUGAUCCCGGCGGCGAGGCCGCGGAGUUCAUCAGAGAGCACGUCCACUCCACGACCUCCCUGAAGAUGGACCUGUCCGCGCCGCUCUCCGUCGCGCUCGGCCUCGUCGCGCCCGCGCUGCAGGGCCCGGUACGCCGGCUGCUGAGCCGUGUCCCGGGGACGGCCGACUGGAAGGUCGCGCGGACCAACGCGCGGCUCCGCGCGCGGGUGGACGAGGUCGUGGCGGCGCGGGCGCGGGCGCGCGAGCGCCGCCGCCACGGCGAAGCGAGGACGAAGGACUUCCUGUCAGCGGUGCUCGACGCCCGGGACCGCAGCGCCGCGCUCCGGGAGCUGCUCACGCCGGACCACGUCAGCGCGCUCACCUACGAGCACCUCCUCGCCGGGUCGGCCACCACGGCGUUCACGCUCUCGUCCGCAGUGUACCUCGUCGCCGGCCACCCGGAGGUAGAGGCCAAGCUACUGGCUGAGGUCGACGGUUUCGGGCCGCGCGGCGCCGUGCCGACCGCCGACGACCUGCACCACCGGUUCCCCUACCUUGAUCAGGUCAUAAUGGAGGCCAUGAGAUUCUACACAGUCUCGCCAUUGAUCGCCAGGGUGACGUCUCGACGAACAGAGCUCGGAGGCCACGAGCUCCCAAAGGGCACGUGGCUGUGGAUGGCGCCGGGCGUGCUGUCCCGCGACGCCGCCAGCUUCUUCCCGGACCCCGGCGCGUUCCGGCCGGAGCGGUUCGACCCGGCGAGCGAGGAGCAGCGCGGGCGGCACCCGUGCGCGCACAUCCCCUUCGGCAUCGGCCCGCGGGCGUGCGUGGGGCAGCGGUUCGCGCUGCAGGAGCUGAAGCUGUCCAUGGUGCACCUGUACCAGCGCUUCCUCUUCCGGCGGUCGCCGCAGAUGGAGUCGCCGCCGGAGCUCCAGUUCGGGAUCGUGCUCAACUUCAAGAACGGCGUCAAACUCGUCGCAGUUGAGCGGUGCGCUGCCAUGUCGUAGUAUCGUGUACGGACGGAUGGUAACGGCAAGUCGAGGGUGUAGUAGUGGUCACUUGGACGACUAGUUUCGUGGAAACUGAUCUCUCGAAAAUAGUUUCGUGGAUUAGGUGUAAAGAAUGUUCCAGUGCUUGCAGCUAGUUGAAACUCUUUGAAGAUAACAAAACUCAAACGUGUGCAUCGUCCUUUUGUAACCUAGCUAUUUGUAGUUCUCUCAACUCAAGAGUCAGGGCAUAUUUUCUUGUUGAUAUAUGCAGUGGUUACAUGGCACAUGAAUAUUUAAUUCGACGAAUAGUCACAGCUAA